AACGGGAUUAAAUACAGUAUUAACAACACGUAAAAUAUAUAUUAGAAACAGAAAAAAAUAUCUAUACCUUGGGUGAAACAGGACAUAAAAUGGACCAACUGCGGUCCUUGUAUGGAAUAGUUUGUGUAAUAUUGUGGACAUUUGUUCUAAACGAAGCCAAAUUCAUCAGAUUUAAGUCUGGAUAUGAAUAUGAAUAUAAAUUUAAUUCGAAUUCCGAGUUAACAGAUUACGGAAAUUUCAACAUUAAAGCAAAGAUCAGUUUUACUAAUAUUGAUGAAAAGUAUGGCUACCAGGAGAUUUUGUUGAGAAUUUAUUCGUUCACUUUUUAUGCAAAGGAUCCAGAUUCACCUGGGCAUGACAUGGAUCUGAGUAAAUGGUUCUCUUUUGAAAUUACACCUGUCGGACAAAUUUUACGUGUGUACCAUCCAGAAGAACAUGAUGAUAUGGUCUUGGCCACAAAGAAAGGAUUUGCUGCUCUUCUGGCAUCAAGACUUCAUGAAGAAGGAGAAAUAUCUGGAAGACCAUCACAUGCAGGUUUUACUUACCAUACACAAGAACUUGGUCAUGAAGGUAAAUAUAAUAAUCAAAUAGUACACAAAUUUUAUAUUGAUGGAUGA